GUUUACAUUAAGACACGGCUGCGGACUGAGUUGUGCGAUCAGAAACAUCACAACAGAUUACGAUAUGCAGGUUCGGGGUUACAGGUUAGACGGACCGUAAGAAGCACACACAAGCUAUAUAGGCGGGCUGUGAAUGUGCUGCUCAUUCGACAGUGACGCUAGGUUCUAAAUAUACCUCCUUAAUUGCCAACUCUGAGCCGUGGUGACUCGCGGCCAUGGGGUAACUGGACCGUGUUCUGUGACAGUCAGCAACAGUGAGCAAGGAGGUCGACGAACAUGCUGCACUCCUCAAGUGGGUUAUUCAUAUAUCUCACUCCGUGACAGCCCAGAUGAUUUAUGUCUGUCACUGCGAACACGGGACUUCUGCACUCCUCCCAGUCCAGAGUUCAGAAUCCAGGUUUGUCUGACCUCAUAACAAUAACUCCACGUGAUGACUCGAUAUGGAACUAAAGAUGAACUGACUGACAUGUAGCUAUCUAGGAUACCUCCACCACCGACAAACGUCUCUCAUCUUGAAAACAGUGUUGAAUAAGUGAACAGAAUUCUUCACAAUGGAGACGAGUCUAACAAUAUCGAAAGAACAUAAAAAGGUCAGUACCAUUUUCGGAGGGGUGAUGGUUUCUGUGAUCUUGACACUUUACACGUGCGCCGUCAUGGCAGGGGUGCCACUUCAGAGCCAGUACGUGAGGCACAGACUCCUGCAAGAGUACACGAACACCAGUAACGCCAGCGACAUCUUCGCCUCAUCGUGCGACAACGACACCGUACAGGACAUGGACAUCCUACAGAUGGUUCAGGAGGACACUGCUCGCCGACUCCUCUACUUCUCCCUCAGUGGCAGCAUCCCGUCAAUUCUCGUGAAUCUCGUGUUUGGCUCGUAUUCCGAUUUCUUGGGAAGGAAGAUUCUGUUCCUUUUACCUCUAUGUGGAGACCUGUUGAAGAACAUUCUUUCCGCUUUGAUAAUACGAUAUAAUUGGAGUUUAACAUUAUUUUAUGCGGGCAGCGUAGUUGGAGGAUUUUGUGGAUCUUUCACUACGAUUCUUCUCGCCUGUUUCUCUUACACUGCUGAUAUUACACCUCCACAGAAAUCCCGUACAAUCGCUAUAGCUUUGUUAGAAACAGUUCUGGCUGUGGCAUCUUCUGCAGGGUCUCUAGUCACCGGAUACCUUAUCAGCUCCCUAGGGUACUUCUACCCCUCGCUCAUGAUCGCCAUCCUCCUCGCCGUCGACGUACUCAUCGUCAUAUUCCUGCUGCCGGAGACGCUUAAGAAUGUCGAGCACAUUAUUAUAUCGCCAAUUGUACAUCUGAAAAAGUGUUUCGGAUUUUACACGAUAUACGGGAGCGGUUUAAAGCGGAUUAAAUACAACGUGUGCAUGGUCAUCUUGUUCUUUGGCGUCAUUAGCCUGAUCGGACGGACGUCCAUAGAAACCCUGUAUCAGCUGGACUUGCCGUUCUGCUGGAACUCCGUGAAGAUAGGAUACUACGGCGCCCUGCGUAUUGUUAUCCAGUCCAUAUGUAGUGUCCUGGCCAUCAAGAUGCUCCAGCCUUGCCUCCGGGACGAAAUCAUCGCCAUCAUCGGGAUGCUGUUUGGGGCGGCCUCUCUAGCCAUGGAAGCGUUUGCGACAACAGAUUGGAUGAUGUAUAUAGUGCCUGUUGUGGGAAUCUGUGCCUACACAACCGUUCCGAUAUUCAGAGCCAUCAUGUCACGCAUGACGUCACCGAAAGAACAAGGUGCCUUGUUCUCCAGCAUCGCCGCCAUGGAAACUGUCUGCUCCACCGUGUCCAUCACGCUAUACAACACCGUCUACGAGCUGACUGUAGGGACCAUGAAGGGGGCAGUGUUUCUCAUGAUGUCCGGCUUCUGCGGCCUUACAGUCCUUCUUAUCUUGAUGUUCAUGGUCAUCUCAAGAAGUUCCCCUUCUUCCUACGAUUACCUAAUUCCGGAAGAAGAUGAUGUGCGUUCAGGUGCCAGUGUACUGAAUCACGAUCACUAUGACGACGAAGACGACUGAAACCGAGGCUGCACAUACCACACGGAGGCUGCACAUACCACACGGAGGCUGUACAUACCGCACCGAGGCUGUUAGGAGUAUUCAAACGAUGCGGCUUAUGGAAUGAGAAUUUGUAACUUUAGAAGAUGAGAGGGACCUCCUCAUUCGGCUGUCCCCAACUACAAAUGGUGCUGUAUAUUAAGUAUGCAUUUGUGUUUGAAUAGUUUUUGUCUCGUAUAUAAAGCAAAUGAAUGGGUUUAACUAAUACAUGAUACGGCAUCUAGAUUCGAUUCUAAACGAGCUCAUUGUGCAACUGCUCUCUUUACGGGAACAAUUUUGAAUUUAUUAAAUAUUUAGCUGCGGUCUUUCCAUUGUGUACUGUGAUAUAAGCGUUCAGACACAUCUAAUGCAAUCUCUCUUUUUGUGAUGUGUUAUAUACUGAUUAUACACCCUGUGCGUGUAGCCUAAAUAUUUCAGCAAAUGUAACAUAUGUUCUAUUUUGGAUUACACUUUCUCAGUAUGGUACAUAUUCUAGUAUUUUUGUUUGGUUGAGUCCGGGAUUCGAACCCACUCCCU